ACCUCGGAUUCUUUUUUUUAUCCUAUUACAAAAAAUAUCAAUUAUGGCCUCCAAAGUGACUAUUCCUACUGAACCUACCCCUAAUUUGGUCGUGGUGACCAACAUCCACAAGACCACGCAAGAUAAGGCUAUCCGCGAGUUUUUCCUGUUCUGUGGCAAGAUCAAGGAAUUCGAAUUGCAGCCUGAUGGCGAGCAUCAGAAAGCCCUCAUCAUGUUCGAACGUGCAUCUGCUGCCAAAACGGCCGUCCUUUUAAGCAAUGCUUUGGUGGACAAUGAACACAUUCACGUGGAGCCGUACUUUGCCGAGACUCAAAACAACGAAAAGGCUGGUGCGGCUGUGAGCGAGGAAGAAGGCAAGGAAGUGCCUCCGGUGUCCAGCACCAUGGCCGAGAUGUUGGCGGCUGGUUACACUUUAACCGACAAUGUGUUGGCUAAGGGUAUCGAAUACGAUAACAAAUACGGUCUCAGUCAGAAGGUGCAGCAAUUCUUUGCCCAGAUUCAGCAGAACCUGGCUCAGUUGGGUCAAAAGUACCAUGUGACCGAUCGUGCAAUGGAAGUCGACAGCAAAUUGGGUGUCCAGAACAAGGCGCAAAAUGUGGCCACGACCGCCCAGCAAAAGGCCGAAGAGUUGAUGCAAUCACCUGCAGGUCAAAAGGUGCAAGGAUUUGCUACCCAGAUGUUGGACCAAAUCAAUGCUUUACACGCGGAAGCUCGUCGUAUUGCGGAUGAGCGAAAGGGUACCAGCACUGGCGCCACGACCGAAGCCCCCAAGCCUCAUACAGCAUAAAUCCUUGCUUUCAACUUUAUCGUUACCGGAAAUGACUAUUGGUUUAUGUGUAUAAUAUGUAACAUUUGUAUAUUUAUUGGGUAAACACAGUGCGUAACUUCAUAAUGCAACCAAAAGAAAUAAAACCUAUAAU